CUCGCAGCAGAGAAGCGCUGCAAAAGCGUGCAUACUGACAUCCCUACGUCUCACCUAGGGCAGCGUUGCAUCGCAUUACUGCCAUCAUACGGCCGGGCUGUCGUUUACCAUCUCACGUUCAUGCGUUGACUACUUGUGAGACACGAUGCAUCAUAUGAUAAGCACUUUCAGUGCAGCCGCAGCCUUGUCCUCGGUCGCGCAAGGCCUGGCGCCGCCGCGGGGCGCCGUGCGGCUCUCAAGCACGUCGUCGAAAAUGCAGGGCCUGGCGCCGCCGCGCACUAAUGUGCGCCUCGCGAGCACGCUCUUCGACGACGUGCCCGUCACCCCUCUAUACCGCGCGCCGGGCAGCGCCUUCCAGGGCAUGCCCUCGACGCCGGGCUGGGAGUCCGGCCGCCUCGACGAGCUCACGGACUGGGCCACGAGCGACCGCGCGAACCGGCCGGUCAUGUGCGAGUAUAGGUCGGAGGGCGGCUGGCUCUGGUCGAAGUGGCGCGGCACCGUGCUCCAGAUGGUCCUCGUGCCGGUGCUCGCGUCGAUGUCGCUCACCGUUACGACGGACAUCCUGGCGCACGCGUUUUCGGAGGCGGACUGGUCGCUCUUCGGCGUGCCGCCGGCGGAGGACGCUUUGAUCUCGCAGCUGCGCGGUUUAGCGACGCUCUGGGAGUACCAGCUCACGCUGACGAUCUUCGUGCUGACGUUCUUCACCCAACAAGCCUACGCGCACUACCGGUCGGUCUAUUUUUGUGCAAGAGCCAUCCAGGGGCGCAUCAACGACGUCUGUCUGUUGUUGGCUGUCGGUGCUACUCGUGGUGAGGUCGAGGGUGCGACCUCGACCUAUUCGGACGACGGCGCGGCGCUCGUGACGCUUUGUGCGCGCUUGAUACGAUUAUGUCACACGUUCUUCUGGGCAACGACGCCCACCACCUCAGACGGCGUGGGCGACGGCGGCCUGGUGGACGGCGACGGCCCCACGGACCUCGAGCCGUCCGAGCGCGUCCAGGCGGGCCCCGAGCUCCUGAGCCCGCAAGGGCUUCGAAGCUUGGUGGCCGCCGGGCAGCUCACCGCGAACGAGCGGACGGCCCUGCUCAAGACGGGCCUGCCGCCGUCCCAGUACUGGUGCGUGCUGCUCGAGUGGGUCGGCCAGUAUGCGCUCGAAGGCGUGGACCACGCGGCGCUCCGCGACUCUCCCGGCUUCGAGGAGAGAUUGUUAAGGGAGCUGACGCAGAUCCGGGCAGAGAUGUUCUCGAUCGGCGACUUCCAGGCGGGGCGCAUGCCCUUGGCUUAUGUACAGCUUGUACAAGUGCUAGUUGAUUCGCUGGUCAUCAUCGCGCCCGUCGCUUUGUACGCGAAGCUCGGCGCGCUGUCCAUACCACUAUGCGGCCUGCUCACGUUUUUUUUCAAGGGCCUCCUGGAGCUCUCGAAGUCCUUCCUGGACCCCUUCGGGAACGAAGGGUUUCCCGGCCAGAAUAUCCGCGUCGACGUGCUCGUGUCGGAACUGAAUUUUGGGGCGCAGUCGCGGUGGUCGGCCGCAGGAGCGGUGUUGCCGGAGCGGGACCGCGACGGGCCGCGGCCUUUGGAUACUGUACUGGAAUACUGCUCGGCGUGGCCCGACGACCCGGGGUGCGAGGCCGACGCCGUCGCCGCGACGGGGGACGGGUAAAAAUUGAUGAUCG